AAUGAAUGAGCCCUAUCUUCGAAUUUCAGUAAUCCGUUAUACUAACCAUUACUUUGGAUAACACUUCAUUGGAUUAGAUCAGGUUGUUCAAAAAAUCAUUUUGAAAUGGGUCCUAUAUUCCACGUAUCUCUCUCAUUGAAUGUUGCCCUCAUCUCUUUCCUCAAAUCUCAUAGUUUGCCUCAAAUUCUAAUCACAUCUCUAUUGUCUCACUCCUCUAUAAUCUCCUUCAUUCUCUCUUUGAUUUUGCCAUCGACUAACGCCCGCCACAGAUGCCGUCCCGCUUUGCUUUUGCCCUAUGAGUGGCCACCGCUGCAACCUCACUUUGCUUGCCGCCUAACCAAGAUCACGGAUUCCGCCUCAAUUUCUUAUUAUUUGAUAAGUGAUUUGUCAUCGGCUUGAUCGCCUCUAUUCCCCUCCAGUACCAUUCAGAACCCGUACAGCAGAGGUAUUUUCUCUGUUCUCAUUGUCCUAGCGAAUUGUGAUUCCCUUAUUACGGAUUGAUUGGUUCCUUUUUAUAGUUGGUUUUUCUAUUGUGUGGCUAAUUACUUUUAAAAUUCAUGAAAACUUUAUAUGUUUUCGCCACUUCAAAAUAUUUUGUAAUUUUGAAGGAGAUUUGGGACAUUUGAUUUGUUGCUCUGAACAUUAAUUUUUGUUAGAAUUUCUUAUUGUUACGCCAGUCUUAUGUUUCCUUUUCUAUUUUUGCCUUCACUUUUUGACAUCGGUGUAUAUAGAGGAAUCCACAUUAUGCCUGAGUAGGUUGUAGUAUACCCCUGUACAUUAUAUAUAGUAUAAAUCUCUGUGAAUAAAGCCUCAAGUAAUGGGUUGAUAAGUUUUGCAAUUGUCUAUAUAGUUUAUGGUUCGCCACUAAGAUUGGAUUUUUGAAUGUUAUUUUAGUUUUGAAUAAAACCACUCUUAGUGUUAUUUAAAGAAUAGAUAUUUUAAUAUAAUCUCUUUUCUUAAUGCAAGUAUCUUUUUCCAGGGUCUAAUUGAUCACUUGUCCUUUUUUUCUUCCUUUUCUUUUGGUUAUAUCAAGGUGGAUUCAUGUAUGCUUAUCUUAGAGUGAUUGUAGUAGACUAGCGAAUGAAAAUUAUAAGUUUGCCGGUGAAACUGGUAUUUUUGUUUGGUUUUGAUUCGUUUUAAUAUUGGACUAAUCAAUAUUACAAAACUGUUUGUACUCUUUCGUACUGUGAAGAGGUUGGCAUCCGUUGCACCCAACGUUUAAUUUGUUUUGUUUUACCACCAAAAAUAUAUUUUUGGUUUAAUUAGAAUUGGAGUCCGACUUGGCUUGGUAUUGAGAAGCUUUUUGCAUGUUGCCCAAUUUCCUACAUUUUUGGAGAGUUAAUUGACCCCAUUUGAUGAUUAGUUUUACGGGAAAAUAAGCUAGGGAGUAGGAGUUUUAUUAUGAUUAGAAGUUAGGCAAGUAUACUACGGGUUGUAUUCUUGUAUGAUUAAAGAAGUGGAUUUCUUCUACCUUCAUAGAAUCCUAAAGGAACUCUACUUCCAUUUCUUUCGCACAAAACCAAGGACGGCCUAUUCUUCUAUUUAAGCAGCUGAGCGCAAGAGAGAAAGAGAACCUCAAUUCAUCAUCAUCGAUAUCAUUCAUUUUUCUUUAUUUUUGGUCUUUUCUUUCAUGUAUUUUUAUCAUGUUUUUCUAGUAUAGUCUAGCCUAGUUUUUCGCCUAUUUUUCUUUAUAGAAAUUGAACCUUAAGUCCUCAAUAAAAAAAAAAAAUUCUUCCUUUCAUUUUUUAUUAUGGGAUCUGAUCUUAGUAACCCUAGGGAUCCGAUCUAUACUUCUUCUCUAUAUAAUAGGUCGCAUAGUAAUUCCCAAUCUCCAUAUUCUUAUAGUCCAUCACCACUUGGUGGGUAUAUCUCUCAACAGCCCGCAGUUCCACAUGUAGGACCUAAUUCUUUGGGGGCUGAAAAUAAUAUCGGAUGGCAGGCUACCCUUGAUGGCCGCUUUCCUCAAUUUUAUGGUCAACAUGGCGCGAAACAGCAAUCUAGUUGUAUUGACGGACGGCGUGAUGGGUCUAUGGUGCAAGAUCCCUCAAGAUUCUUGGGGCUGCCUGCUGUUGGUAAUUCAAAUGCUACACAUGAAUUUUACAAUAUGCUAAUUAGUGAAAACAUGGUGCAACAACUGCUGGUUUUGUCGCCGCAACAACAGGCAAGUUCAGGCGCAAGCGCAUCCGCAGGUUCUGUAGCCGCAACAUCAGCAAUUGCAGAUGCAUGCACUUCAGCAACAACAGGUGUCGCCGGUGCAACGUCAGCAAGUUCUGUUGUAGGCGCAACCACAUCAGGUUAUGUCACCGCAGCAUCAACAAAUUCUGUUGCAGGCACAACCACAGCAAGUUUUGUCACAACAAUCAGCAAGUUCAGAUGCAGGUGUUGCAACAGUUGCAGUUACAGCAGGUAGUGCCGCAGGUACAGAAUCUGCAGGUGGUACAACAAACUCAGCAGACGCAAGAAGCAAGUGAAAAUUCAGUUGCAACAGCAGACUAGCUGCAAGAAAAUUUUGUGACAGAUUUAUCGUCAAUACCCGGAAGGCUACCUAGUGAUUUUGAUGCUGAAUGUGGCAAGCUUAGGGAAAGCCUGCAGAAAGAGUUUGAGCACCCUCAACAAGCGUUUGUUGCUGCAAAUGAAUAGGUGUUGCAGCCAUUAAAUACAAUGGCGAUUAUUAAAACUAUAGUUGUUACUAAACAUUGUGUGCAUACUGAUUCGUUUUGUUUGCCUAAUGAAUCUGUCAUUGUUGAAAACGAGUUUGUUGAGGUUAAGUACAGGAGAUCUUGUGAGUCUUCUAGCAGCGACAAUGAUAUUGAGGAGAUUAUUUGUGACAGCUGCAACAAUGUUUCACCUGCAAAGAUAAUUCUGUUUGCCCAAGUGUCGACGAAAUUAAGGGCGAGCAAGAGCAAGGCCAAGUGACAAUUCCUGAUGCCAGUUUAUCUAUGAUAGCUGAACCGGCACAAUGCUUAGUCGCUGAUGUUCCAAAAGAAGCAGCAGCAGACCAACAGAUUCCAUGCCGGUUAAGCAGAAGUUUAAUCAUGCCAGGCUUUACGACAAGAGAGGUUCUGCCAACAGAAGAAGCAGGCAGAAUAAAGGGAAUCCAAUACAGCAUGGUUUUCAUGUUGCAGAAAAAGUCGACGACGGUUCUCAAUUACGUGGCAUUGAUUUUGGUGGUGGCAACAAUAAUUACACUUAUUUAGAUUAUGGUGCUGCUGUCGAAUGGAGGAUUGAUUUGGCUAAAGAUCGUGAGUUACUGAAGUCCUUGAUUGGCCGAAAAAAGAAGCGUUCUGCAAGAGAUCAGUCGAAGAUGCUUACAUCUUCCGUUAUGCGGCCUAGCAGAAUCAAGGCAUUUGGGGCCGAGGUUGUCGUUGCUAAGUUUAGUAGUGAUUCGGCUAAGAUCAAUAAUGAUGUGAUUAUUCAGGGUGCAGCCGACCAAGAGAAAGAAUCUGCUGUUGCAGGGUCAAAGGGCGAUGAUAAAGCUGGCGACGAUCAAGCAAGUUCUGUUGCAGAUGCUAGUAAGUUGUCGACGAUUAAUGAAGCAGUUGAAAGUAUCACUGCAACAUCAAGCUGUCGGGUUCGGAAUGAUAAUGGAUGCCAGAAUAGUGGUUCUCCUGCACAUGAGGGUCAAUUCCAGCAAGCUCAUAAAGUUCAUCUCGGCAAUAUUGUUAACCAUACUUGGCGUUCAAGAAGUUCUGGCACAACAUGUGAUUUUCGAAGGAGACGUCCAACAUCUCCGCGAAGACUUCAAACCAGGAAAUUGGUUGGAACCCAUUACAUCAGAAAGAGCUCCAUUUUCCGUUCCAGGGAGGAUUGCAUUUGAAUGUCCUUCACUUCCAUUGUGAUCAGCUGGCUCACGUAAUUAUGGCGAGAACAAAACAUGGGGGCAUGGCGAGGAAGGAGUGUAGGGAGAAUGGAUCCAUGACUAUUAGCCAAAAUUUACAUGCAUUUUAUGCAAAGGGACGAAGACAACAACAAACUAAAAUGAAGCCGGUAUAUUUUAAUAAAUUCUAUAAUUUCUUUUCAAGAGGAGUAAAUUCUAUAAUUAUACUUACAUAAAGUUCUGUAUGAACAUGAAUCCCUUGAAAAAUUUGUAUAGUUAGCAAUACACUACGAAAUAGUUAUACUGUUUUUAGUUAUAACUCCUUUUAAUUUGUUUCAGUUUUUCAUGGCACAAUUACUAAAAAAG